AGACGGCGCUGGGCGCGCGGGGCAGCAGGAGGCCCCGAGCGGGCGGGCGGGCGAGCGACGAAGCCAGCCCCGCCGCGCCGGGAGCGAUGCUGCCGUUGCUGGCCGUCUUGUGCGUCUUCUGGGGAGUCGAGGACGGCUUCGCGGAAGUCCUGCAGACCCGCUUCCUGGAGGAACCGGAGGACCAGACGGUGGUGGCCGGGCAGAAGGUGGUGCUGUCCUGCGUGGUGCUCAACUACUCUGGGAUCGUGCAGUGGACCAAAGAUGGCCUGGCCCUGGGAAUGGGACAAGGCCUCAAAGCCUGGCCACGCUACCGGAUCAUCGGGGUAACAGAUUCCGGCCAGUUCAAUCUGGAGGUCACCGACGCGGAGCUCUCCGACGAUGCCUUGUAUGAAUGCCAGGCCACGGAAGCUGCCCUGCGAUCGCGGCGUGCCAAGUUGACAGUCCUCAUUCCCCCUGAAGACCCCAUGAUUGACGGGGGCCCCGAGAUCUUGCUCCGCGCCGGCACACCACACAACCUCACCUGCCGGGCACAGAACGCCAAGCCUGCGGCCACCAUCCUCUGGUUCCGCGAUGGGCUGCCACAAUCUGAGGCUGCCACUGCCACGGAAGUCUUAAUGGAUGGGAAGAGAGAGACCACCAUCAGCCAGCUGCUCAUCACGCCCACCGACCUGGACAUCGGGCGAGUCUAUGUAUGCCGUUGCAGCAACGAUGCCAUCCCUGCGGGCAAGGAGGCCUCCAUCACGCUCAACGUUCACCAUCCUCCCACGGUGACGCUGUCCAUUCAGCCACAGACGGUGCAGGAAGGAGAAAGAGUCACCUUCACCUGCUUGGCCAACGCCAAUCCGGAGAUCAAAGGCUACAGGUGGGCGAAAGGCGGGACGAUUAUUGAGGAUGCCAAGGAGAGCAAAUACGAGACGCAGGUGGACUACACCUUCUUCACGGAGCCCGUCUCUUGCGAAGUGCGCAACGACGUGGGCAGCACCAACGUCAGCACCCUGGUGGACGUCCAUUUCGCUCCUCGGAUUGUGGUGGAUCCAAAGCCUCUGACCACUGAUAUUGGCUCGGACGUCACCUUGACCUGCGUGUGGACCGGGAACCCCCCGCUGACCCUCACCUGGGCCAAGAAGGAAUCCAACAUGAUCCUCGGCAACAGCAACCAGCUGCACAUCAAGUCUGUCAAGCAGUCGGACGCUGGGCUGUACAUCUGCAAGGCCAUCGUGCCACGGAUCGGGGUGGGCGAGCGCGAAGUGGCCCUCCAUGUCAACGGUCCUCCCAUCAUCUCCAGCAAUUCCGUCCAGUACGCUGUGCGGGGCGACCGAGGAAAAGUGGAAUGCUUCAUUGGGAGCACACCCCUUCCCGACCGAAUCGCCUGGGGCUGGAAGGAGAACAUCUUGGAGACGGGCACCUUGGAGCGCUAUACCGUCGAGCGGAGCAACACAAGGGACGGGGUGCUCUCCACCCUCACCAUCAACAACGUCAUGGAGGUGGAUUUCCAGACACGCUACAACUGCACCGCCUGGAAUGCCUUCGGUCCACAGACGGCCAUCAUUCAGCUGGAGGAGAAAGAGGUCCUGCCAGUGGGCAUCAUUGCUGGGGCCACCAUUGCAGCUGGUAUCUUGCUCACCUUCUGCUUCAUCGCUCUGGGAUGUUUCCUCUACCGACGUCGCAAAGGGAGCCGGAAAGAUGUGACCCUGCGAAAGCUGGACAUCAAAGUGGAGACGGUCAACCGGGAGCCCCUGACGCUGCACACCGACCGCGAGGAGGACACGGCCAGCGUCUCCACCGCAACGCGGGUCAUGAAAGCCAUUUACUCGCCCUUCAAGGACGACGCGGACCUGAAGCCGGACUUGCGCUGCGACACGGUGGACACGCGGGAAGAAUACGAGCUGAAGGACCCCACCAACGGCUACUACAACGUCCGUGCCCACGAGGACAGGCCGUCUUCCCGCACGCUGCUCUACACGGACUAUCGCACCCCUGGCCCGGCUCGCUACGACGGGCGGCCAUCUUCGCGCCUCUCCCAUUCCAGCGGCUAUGCCCAGCUCAGCGGCUAUGGCCGUGGCCCUGCCUCCGACUUCAGCGGAGACCCCGUCCCAGGACCCACGCCGGGCACGGCCGCUGCUGACACAGCCAGCCAACUCUCCUAUGAAAACUACGGGGGUCAUUCGGGGUUCCCCCCGAGUGCCGGCUAUGCCACCUACCGCCUGGGUUACAGUCAGCCUCCACCGCCCACCCUGGACCGGGCAGCCUACGACACGUAUGACCCCCUGGGAAAGUACACCACGGCGACCCGCUUUUCGUACACCUCCUCGGACUACGGGCAGCGUUUCCAACAGCGUAUGCAGACUCACGUCUGAAGUGGGCGUUGCCUCCUGGUGGGGUGCAGGUACCUCAUGACUGCCCCCUGAUAUUCAGGGGGCUCUUUCCCUCCCCCUUUCCUGGCCUCUUUCCAGGCUGGACUUGUGGACAAUGCGGAGCAUGGCCUCUGCUGCCCAGCCGAGGGUAACGCGGUGGCCGCCGGUCCAGCUGCUCCUCCCUUGCUGCUUUAACAGUCUCUGGCGGUUCUUUUGUGAGGGUCCAGAUUCUCCAGACGCCCCUCCCUCAAGGGCUCUUUGUAAAGACAGAUCAGUGGGGAGGGCGAUGGAGGCCCUGCAGAGGAGGGACUCCCUCUCUCCCUCCCACUCAUGGCACUGGGGGCCCUGAGGCCCAAUUCGGUACAGCGAGGCCUAGUGGUUGGAGGUAGCCACCAAGUGGGGGGCAUCGGCCGAGUUUUAGCCCUGGUCUUUUGAAGAAGCCAAGGUCAGGCCGGCCUCAGGUACAACAGGUGCCUCCUUAAAGCCCCUCUUAAGAGAUGUGGUUGGCACCUGGGGCAAUGCUGGCUGGGAAUGAUCCAAGUUCUUCAGCACCCCUCGUGGGCCCCCCUUGGCUGAAGGCUGACCGAGCGAAAGUCCUCGGCCACAGCUGUACAUGCUGCAAAUUGUGGUACGAAAUGGACUCCUUGGGGGCGAUUCCUCUCCCCUCCCUCUUGCAGGAAGGUGUACAUAAAACUUGCACCCUGUGUGGGUCCAGUUAUGAGAAGGCUAGAUAGGCUGCCCCCCCCCCCCCACAUCCAACAGGAGGGUCUCAUCCCCAAGUGAACCUGCUGCCAUCCAGGACAGUCUCUGCAAGACGUGGCACUGUGAGUCCCCACCACAAAGCCUUGUGCCACAGUAGCCAUCCUGGAGGAAGCCUCUUCUGCACCCUCCCCCCACCCUCUUGCUUGAGCCCCCUCCCCUGGGGCCGCCUGGUUGCAGUCGGAGGAAGAGGAGAGUCCUGCUGGAGAGAGACUGGCCUGUGGGAGGUCAGUGCUGGACACACCCUCUGUUCUCCCACAUGGCCACUUCCUGAGGGCCAAAACCUUGCGGGCCUGUCCCAUCCCCAGCAGGAGGGCUUAGGGCUUCCUUCUCUGUUGCAGAGGGCUGGUGGAAGCCUCCUGUGGGUCACUGUGGGUCUGUGCAGCCUCCCCCCUCCUCCUUGUCCUGCCCUCCUUGUUAGGGAGUGACUGCAAGCGCAUCAGUCUCCUGUGCCUUAAAACUCUUGCUCUGGUGCGCCCACAGAGACAGCAGAGCAAGUGGGGGGGGGGGGCAGCUUGGCUGGCAGGAGGUACCCCAGGCUGCCCCCUGGGGGAGACAGAAGGGACUUGGCUUCUGGGCUGCACAGGGUCCCUCCCACCAGCCCAUCUCCCCCCCCCCGGCCCUCCUUGGCACAGUUCAUACCUCAGGUGCAGAGUGGGACCUGUGAGACACACAACUGGGAACCCCCCUCCCCCAUUCUAAGACAAUGGUACCCCUGUCCUUUGCAUGCUGCCUCUUCUGGUACUCCUGCCCCCCCUCCCCCCCCCCCCCGCUGCCCUGGCCUGAGAACAGCCAGCUGAAGAAGUGCAUUGAGACCACGCCCUCUUCUGGCUGGUUCUGGGAAGUGUCUGUUGGUGCUACUCGGGGUUCUGCCUCCCCUUCUCCCUGCCACCCCUCGUGUGCUGAGGCUGGAGAGUCCUCCAUUGGAUUCCAGGGCGCUUUCCAAGGGGAGCUUUCGGUGCCCCCCUCGAAGGCUGCGAGGGCCCCCCUUUAGAGGCACCUUCUCCUCGGGGAACAAGAGAAGGGACUUUGGUGGUUCAGGGGGCAAAACCUCCUGGAAUGGCUGAGAGGGGAGAGGGACAGGGAGCCCCGCAUUGGUCUCACCUCGCAAGUUGCAAGGAAGUUGCUGAAUGCCGAGACCCCCCCUCCUUUUUUCACCAGAGCUGCCAGGAAUUGAGCUCCUGCAGACCCUGCCUCCCCUCCCCAGGAAGAGAAAGAGCGGGGGAGUUGAAGAGGAGGGGGAGGAGGGACGGGGCUCCACAGCAUAGUCCACGGAUUCCAAGCCCCCCCGUGGCUGGAUUUACACCACCCGCCACGCCCAUAGCCCCAUUCCUGAAUGAGCCAUUUCCAGAGCCAGCUUGAAAGGCCCCACGGCCUGCGUUCAUCCAACCUGCUUGGCUGCAAGCAAACCAGCAUUAACAUUAGCCAGGCUUGCCAUGUUGUGUGAAUGCAACUUCCACCCCCACUUUAUGAACAUGCAGAAUUUGAGCAAUAACCAAUUCCAACUCCAAAAUGCGCUUUGGGAUCAGAGCGCACAGCCUUCGCACGGGCCCCUCCGGCUCUCUGGUUGCAGGCGAUUGUGGGGAGGCCCCCCCCCGGGCGUGUUUUUGAUUUCUCUCCCAAAGACGUUCAUUCGUGACUGUCCCAUCACUUCCCCCCUCCUCACUUUUUUUU